GAUUGCUUAAGCGCUAAUCGUGAAUCUUGUAGCACAAUUUCUAAAACUAUUAAUACGUAUAGCAAAACCACUCACUGAGUUUGCAAAACUAAAAGCACAAACACUGCUUUGCACUCAUUUUGCAAUUUUGUAACACACACUUUGCAAAACUGUAGGCACAAUUCACAGCACAACACUCUUUUUGCAGAACUUUAAACACAACUCUGUGCUUACACUCAAUUACCACAUUUCCAACACACUACUAGCAAAAUUAUACACAUGUAUGGCUAUCAUUAACACUAUUUUGCCAACUGUCUGGCACACAUUCACAUGUGAAAACUGUUUUAGAUAAUUAGUUCACUUUGCAAUCAGCCUAAGCACUAUAAAUAAGCCACAGGUAAGCUGUCUGUGUGGAGUACAAUGGAAGGAGCAGUAAGAGUGAGAAGAGUGAGAAUCAGAGGAGGCCGAGGAAGAGGACGAGGACGUGGACGUGGAGUUGAAGAAGUUGGAGGGAGAGGACAUGGACUUGAAGAAGCGAGAGGGUUAGAGGAAGUUAGAGGAAGAGGACAAGGAGGAGCAAGAAGAGGACGAGGAGGGGAAAGAGGAAGGGUAAGAAGAGUAAGAAAUAGAAUAACUGAUGACAUCAGAGCUACAGUAGUGGACCAUGUCAUCAACCAUGGGAUGACCCUGAGGGAAGCUGGCCAACGCGUUCAGCCUAAUUUGAGCCGCUACACUGUGGCAAGCAUCAUUAGGACAUUUCGAAAUGAGAAUCGAAUUGCUAGACGUCCAGAUGUUGGGGGCAGAGGAAGAAUGUUCACUCCAGAGCAAGAGACCCAUAUAGUGAACAUGGUGAUUGCCAAUAAUGCAAUAAGACUGCGCGAAAUACAGCAGCGCAUAAUUGAUAAUGACACCAUCUUUCAAAAUAUACACAGUGUAAGCAUUUCUGCACUAAGUCGUGUACUUGCGCGCCACAGAAUAAGAAUGAAGCAAAUUUACAGAGUUCCUUUCGAGAGAAACACAGAACGUAUAAAGCAACUGCGAUAUGACUAUGUGCAGGUAAGCUAUAGUGUCAUUGGUUCUGAAUUUGGAAGUGCAUACUGUAGUGCUGUGCAUGGGCCUGAUGUGUUGCAUUUGUUUUGUCUUGUCCAGAGAGUGAUGGAACUAGAAGCAGAUGCCAUGGGACAUGAGCUACUUUUUGUAGAUGAGGCCGGUUUUAACCUCAGUAAAACCAGGAGACGUGGCAGGAACAUUAUUGGACACCGUGCCAUCAUCAAUAUCCCAGGACAACGUGGUGGUAACAUAACCAUGUGUGCAGCUAUAAGCCUAAAUGGUGUUGUUCACCAUCAUGCAACCAUAGGCCCAUACAACACUGCACAUAUUAUUGCAUUCCUGGACACCUUACAUGACAUGCUCACUGUUCAGAGACCAGAGCAUACCCGAUAUGUCAUCAUAUGGGACAAUGUAAGUUUCCAUAGGGCUGCUUUGGUCCGCAACUGGUUUACGGACCACCCAUUCUUCAUGGCACUCAACCUCCCUCCAUACUCUCCAUUCUUAAAUCCCAUCGAGGAGUUCUUCUCUGCCUGGCGUUGGAAAGUGUACGACCAUCAUCCUCAUCAACAGGUAGCCCUUUUACAGGCAAUGGAGGAGGCAUGUGGAGAUAUUGAUCAGGCAUCAUGUCAAGCCUGGAUAUGGCAUUCAAGGAGAUAUUUUCCCCGGUGCCUUGGACUGGAGGAUAUCGCAUGCGAUGUGGAUGAAAUUUUGUGGCCGGACCCAGAAAGACGACAUGAUGUAGACUGA